UUCUAACGUUGUCAUAAAGCUUAUGUUAAAAUAUUAAUAUCCUGGUAACUGGCUAUGAAGGGGUGGUUCGAUGCAUUUCGAAAUGAUGGUGGCCCUACCCUGUACAACUUUAAUAACAGAACCUCAGUGACGGGUGAUGUCACGUUUAUCACAUUUCUAGCUAUAUUCUCUACGUUAUAUGUGGCCUUCCUUAUUAUCUAUUUUGGCAUCAGGAAAGAGAGAUGUUCGACUUUUUGUGCUGUGACGUUAAGUCUGUUUAUAGGAGCAACAAUUUUAAUAACAUUGUAUGGAUCAGCGUGGCAUAUAUCAAAAUCUCAAAUAGUCAGCACUUAUCAAGCUUUUUCUCAAGAAAAGGUGACAGCUGACAUCGGAGUGUAUGUAGGAUUAAAUCAUGUAAAUAUUACUUUACAAGCAAAUUCUAGCAAAAACUGGAGUGAUAUAGAUUUUAACGAAAAAUUUUUAUGGGUCGAUGCGCAACAUAUGCAAACAAGUUUCAAAGAAGCCAUCAUUAAGGGACUGCCUUUUCCAAUAUUGACUGUAGCAGAGUACUUUACUACAGGACAAGAAGGAUUGGCAUGGGGUAGGCAGUACAGAUCUGCAGGAUAUUUUGCCAUAAUAAUGCUUUGGACUUCGUUUGUGACAUGGGUGUUGAUGAACCUUAUGUUAAUAGUAGUACCGCGGUACGGAGCACUUCUAAUGACCUUGUGCGGGUUCCUUCUUCUGUCGACGGUGUGUGGGUACUUCGGAAUGUUACCAGAGCCUCCUCUCGUUGUAUACAUUGACGGGACCAAAUUGAAUUUUUCCUUUGGAUGGUGUUAUUGGUUGGUGCUAAUUGCAGGGGGUGUCUGUCUGUUAGCUGGAGUUAUAAUUACCACAGUAGAAAUAAUAAACCCACACAGUUUCUCGACAAUAUUAGAAGUAGAUUACGAUACGCCAUUUGAUAGACAUAUAAUUAUAGAGGAUAGUAGAGGAAAGCGUUUCGAAAAAAAGAAGAUCGAUACUAGCUUAGAAACCCCCAAUUCAAUAGGGAGAAUAUUGAGGAGACUGAGCUAUAAAAAUCGGGAUGAUGGGAAUGAAAAUAAAGGUAACUUGUCUAAAGCCAACCAAGAAUUUCGUUUGGAGCCAAGUCCAUGGAAAUAUCCAUACAAAAACAAAGAAUCGCCGAAUGUUUCUCCGUCAAUAUCCAUUAUUUCAUCAACAAUGUCUAUAUCAGCUUCCAGAGAAUCUCCCUUUUCCAAGGAUAAUAUAAGUUGCGUUCACCGUCCGCGCAAGUUCGAUUCAGUGUCCAUGUGGUGAUAUUUUUCUGAACGUAUGUGCAAUGAUUCGAUAAAUUUUAAAGUGAUUUUAUUGUGAUAUGUCAUAAAAAUGGCCAUAUUUAUUAUGUGUUAGAUUUAGAAGUACCUAUUUUUAAUUUAAUGGUAAUUUAUUUCGAUCGAUUGAAAAAUAAAUAAUUUC